CUGAAAGGCAAACAAUAUCUUUUAUCUUCUCUACAAUAUUCAUCUUCUACCAUUUUCUAACACAAAUAUCUCUGUUCCCAUAACACACACAUAAACACAAACACCCAAGAAAUGGAUGAUUCCGAAGAAGCUCUAAAUCAAAAUCCCGACCCGAUUCGGCCCGAAAAUUUCCUAGUAAUUAGAGAAAACUAUUUUGUUCAUGAGGAAUCCCCUGUUUUUCCCCCGAUUCACCAUGAAGAUUUGCCAGUUGGAAGUGUUUCGAUAGCCUCCGACCAAUCGGAAUCAUCGGAAUUAUCGGAAUCAUCAUCGGCUCCAACGACUUCGGAUUUGCGAUGGAGAGCCGUUGUGGGAGAAGCUAUUUUGAGGAGUUGUGAGAUGUUUAAAGCGAAGGUGGUUUCUGGAAUUGUUGGAUUUGGAUCUUACGCUGUGAGACUAUGCUCUGUUUUUCCGGUUACUGCAAUGGCGGCUGUGUUGGUGAUUUUGGUGUUUUUGUUGAAGAUGAAGAUGAAGCUGCGGCUGCCAUGGCGUCCACGAUCUGUCGCUGUGAGUAGGGAUAACGAAGACCGUUUGGUUCUUCUUCUUCAACACAAGGAUGAGAAAAUCAGUCAACUCUUACUUCAAAUUGCUGAAAUGAAUGAAACACUAUCAGCUCGUCGAAAGGUUCCUGUUGUCAGAAUUAAAUGACAAAAACAAGCCUUAAAAUCGUUCAAUUAUUCCUUGGGGGAGUUGGUCAAUUUUGAUGGCAUUGAGUUUAGAAUAUGCUCUUUCAAAAGGAAAGUAUAUAUAUAUAUAUAUAUUAUUGAAACUUGUAAUAGCAUUUGUACAUUUACUUUUCUUUCAUGUUAAAUCUAUAACAUCCAUGUACCUUACAUUAUUUAUAGCUUAUAAGAACAAUAUACCUAUACCUAAAAGAGUUUUGAACUUAAGGUGUAAAAUAGAUUUAAUUAUGCUAAAUGUUUGUUGAUGAGAGUGUUAAUGUAAAUUUCCUUAUUUUGCUA